AUGCUAAUAAAUGCUUUCACAGGUUUGCUGCUGGCCACACUUUGGACUUUGCCAAGUGCUCGCUACAGUAUGCUCCUUCGUGACAUUUCUAGCGAGGAGACCGUGGAGAGGAUGGUGUGGUGUCUUUGUUUCUCGCUGUUCGAGCUGCCAGCGCUGGUGAUGGUUUGUGUCACUGUCUUCAAGAAGUACGGGAUUUCGCCAGUGCAUCUUUUGGCGUUUCUCCUCGAGCAGCAGUACGCGAAUUUCCAGACGAAAUUGGUGAGCUGCUUCAUCGCGCUGAUCUUCUCGACUUCGGUGCACCAAGGUACGCAGGACACAUCGUAG